AUGGCCAACACGCAGGGAGCAGGACAGCCUCCUCCCAAUUAUAACAACGAGAACAAGUCUGCGCCGAGUCAGACCACGGAAAAGCGUAUCCGCGACAACGUUGUCAAACUCCUAUUUGAACUGCUGCGGAACGCCGAUGGCAAAGUGUAUUCUGAAUGUGCCACGAGAAAGGAAUCUCCUUUCGUCACUUUCAAGAUAUACCCGAAUCAAAUCAUUAUCGACUGCAAUGAAGACGGCCUUACUAAGUCGGACUUGGAUGCGAUCUGCCGGCUGGACCCCAAAGCCGCCAGUUUCAAAUCGAUUCUUCUUUCCACCAAAACAGUGCACAUUCAGUCCAGCUACUUCUCCUUUGAGUUCAAACACAAGGGUGAAGGCAGAACGAUAAAGCCCGUAUGGGUAGCCCCUGUCGAUGAUGUCCCCGAAACUCUUACGCGUCUAACACUUCACCUCCAUGACGAAGGCGUCGACGAAGGCUUGCAAUUUAUGAGGGAUACAGUCCUGUCGCAAUUUGAGCAAUUGUCUGGAACAAGCCUCUUAUUUCUCAAGAAGUUGCAGCGAAUCACCGUCGAGUUUUACAAUACCGAUAGUAAACUUGAAAAGUCAAAGCACUUCCGCAAGGAAAAGCUCGAUGACUGCCGUGUUUCCAUAGAGGGAAUCAGCAUCAUCGAAGGAAGACAAGCCGCAGAUAGCCAGAUCUACCAUAUCGCGGAACAGCCGGCGGAGAGUCUGGCAACCAGCGUUAUCCUAGCCUUCCCACUCGAAAGGGAUCACAAACCCACGGUUUACCAUGGGAAAAUGCAAGUUUUCAAUAUCGUGCCUAUUACGUCCACGAAGUACAAUUUUCACAUCUACGCGGACUUCGACCUAGAAAGCGACCGGAAGAGCCUCAACACCGCGUCGAAGCGCAAUCUUGACCUCCGUGGGCUGAUAGUAGACACCUUCCACAAUGCCCUGGACUCGUUCUGGAGGCACUCAACUCUUUGUUACGACUGGCCAACAUUUUUACCCUCUCCCGAAAAGAACGAUGAAGUGUUCUGGGACGGCCUGGACACAGCCUUUCGUGAAAAGAGUAGCUACAUUGUGGUGGAAUGUUGGCGAGAUAGCAUGCGUACCAUGCAAGAUGCCAUGUUUCUUCCAGAAUCAAUGAGAGAUAAAGAUGGCAAGCCCCUCCUCGACGAUCCAGACCAUGACCUGUUUCUCUCCUCAAACUAUUCCGACGGUGCUGUUGAAGCUUUGAAGAACCAUGGAUUGAAAACAAUGGGAUUUGAUGCUCUUGUCGCACUUUUAGAAAAGGAUCUGAAAUGCAAAGACUCUAAGAUGAAAGCGAAAGGGACAAGUGAUGAGUGGCAUUCUCAGAUGGCUAAUCUACUGUUAACUUUUGCAAGGAAAGGACGCUCAUAUACUAAAACUCUCAGAGGACUUCCUUCGGUGCCGCUGGAGAAUGGCAAAUGGGUGUCAUUCAGCCUCGGCCCAGUCUAUGUUUCGACAAAACUAGGCUUCGAGAUCCCUACUUGUUUGGACAUACAGAUCUUGAGUCUCUCCCUAUCCAUACCUCGACACGUCCUAUUCCAAUACUUAGGGGCUACCUCAGCUACAGUUAAUCAAGUCAGAGAUUUGAGUGCUACGCGUCUCGAUUCACCUAAGGACCUUUCAAUGCAAGACCUCCUCAGCUGUCUAAGAUAUCUAUAUCUCACACACAAAGUUCCAGGGCUUCAUCAGCAGGAGCAAUACGCCAAGGUUCAAGUUAUGGACAUGAAUAUGAGACGAAUUAAACCAGAUCUCAAAGCUAUCUACCUGGCGGGGACUGAUCAUCCUUAUAGCCCUGAGUGUUUGCUGCCUACCGACAAAUUUCCCGACCUUUUCCUCCAUCGCACAAUUUUGGAGGCUUGCCCUUCCCAUACAGGACUCUUUGUGCCAACAUGGAGAGAAUGGCUCUGCAAAUUUAUUAGUGUACGUAAGGAGAUCAGUCUUUUGCCAGAGAUUGGUGUCAAACCACUCGAAACUCUUGAACACAUUUACAAAUGCCAUCCUGACAAGUUCCUGGGGUUCUUGAAGUACCGUUGGGGGUAUGAAGGGGCUCGACUAAAGAACUGCGAUACCCUGAUCCGGUUCCUCCGAGACUUCCCCGCCGAGGACAUUUGCGUCGGCGAUUUCCCUGUCAAAUUCAAAAACACAUGGCUUCCGGAUCGAGAUCUUGAAAUGAUUGUCAAGCGACAUGUUGAUGAUCUUUCCUACUUUCCUUUCCUUAAGAUAGAGAGGGAUGACACUUCUCAAUCAAUAAAAGUCGAAUGGGAUUUUCUGACAAGGUACAUUCUGUCGAAGCAGGAUCAGGAUCUGGAACUCUUUAUAGAACUUGUCGAGUCUAUGAAGCGGCUGUGCCUCAAGAAUGUCUCCGACAGCCAGUUUCGCAGCAUGGUCGAUCUGUACAGCGAGAUCAAUACCAUGCUAACAGGGUCAAGGAAGAGGAGAAAUGAGCGAGCUCUAGACUUUUUUGACGAUUCCGGAAUUCUUUAUAUUGAUGAUGACGGACCAAUCUGGACUGGGUCAUCUUCCUGCCUCUGGGCUGCACCACCUGACAUGAUUACAUCAUAUUCCCUCGAAAGCUUUUUCACCCAAAGAGGCUGUAACCCUCAACAGAUGGAAACUCUUGAAGCACUAUUCCACAAAAAGAUGGGCAUACGCAACGCUACACUCGACGACUUAGUGACUGAGUUAACAGAGUUACGAAACGCAGAGUGCGAAGACGUUCCCCGUAUUGUCAGCAUCUAUAAAUACCUGGAUGAGAAGAUAGACGCAUCAUCUGAGUUGCGUGUUGCCUUCCAGAAAUCGCCCUUACUCUUUCAUAUCUCCGACGGCUGUUCUAGCUGGAAGAGGACCGCCGACUUUGUUUGGGUCCAUGAUGAAACCGGAACUGAACUAGCUGCAUCCUACACAAAGCUGAAGCGCUUCUUCACUGUUAAACUCGGCGUUGAGGUUUCUGUUGAGGAACUGCUCAAGUCUCCUCCAUCAACUGCAGAGGAGGCUAGGGAAGUCUUAGCACUUUUGAAUGAUGCACAAGAUGUCUCGUGGUUCUCGACUAGUCAGCUAUGCGAAAAGGUCAUGUUCCCAGUGAGAUACCCCGACGGGCGUGUCUUACUAGAGAAUGAACAUUCGGACUUCCUCAUCGGGGACCGCCAAGGUUGGAACGUAAGAUUAGAAAAAAGGAUCAAGUUGUUAGACAUGGAAUUAAGCGAAGUUCGCCGCUUAAGUUCGCUCUUUUGGAAACUGUCUCUGAAUGCAAAGUACCUCUCAUGGAAAGUUAAAGAUAUGACAUCCAUGGUUACCAUUGACGCAUCACCAGUAUCAUUGGUUAAUCGAGACUUGAAACUCAAAGCCUACGAAAUUACAAGAAUCGCAGCAACCUACAGCAGUGAUCGAUAUUUCAAGAAUGAAUCUGCGUUCUACGAGCAGUUGCGUACUAUCAAAACCAUCGAAUCCGAUCAAAUAUCAUCCACCUUGAAGGUCUUCCAAGGCUCUCAGUUCAUUGAAUCUGAGGCAGCGUUAGGGACCGCCUGCGCUCAUAUGGCUGAGAAUGGUGGAGGGCUUAUAGUGUAUGUACCCAAGAAUGCCAAGGCGCAAGAAAUCUGCUAUCUUUCAAGAUUGCCAAAGCUCUUCGCACAGUGGUUAGGGGCUUCGCCUUACGACGAGGAAGAGUUGAUAAAAGUCCUAACCCUGGUCUUUGCGUCUGAUAAGACUAUACUUAACGACGUUCUCGAUGAUCAGGGCAUUGUGAAACUGUCUUUUGAGGACAAGGAUGUCAUUGACAAUGGGAGCAGUGACGGAGAGGAAGAAUACUUCGAUGUUGAGGAGCCUUCAAGAUCUAAAGACAAUGCCCCAGACUUGCACAACGACGGGAAAGACACGCAAAAGGCAGCCUUCACACAGAAAGGGGUAUUUGAUUUUAAUGACUUGAAAUCUGCACUCCCAGAUCUUGACAAGGCAGAUGGAAUUCUGCCAGGGAAAGGAGGUUUGUUCGGAAACUACUGA